UGUCCCCUUACCGUCAUGGCUGCCGCCGUCGCCGGCCCUGGGGCUCCCCUGUCCCCGGACGAAUUGCUUCCGAAAGGCGAUGCCGAGAAGACUGAGGAGGAGCUGGAAGAGGACGACGACGAGGAGCUAGAUGAGACUCUGUCGGAGAGACUGUGGGGUCUGACGGAGAUGUUCCCGGAGAGGGUUCGGUCCGCGGCUGGAGCCACUUUUGAUCUCUCCCUCUUUGUGGCUCAAAAAAUGUACAGGUUUUCCAGGGCAGCCUUGUGGAUUGGGACCACCUCCUUCAUGAUCCUGGUUCUUCCUGUUGUCUUUGAGACUGAGAAGUUGCAAAUGGAGCAACAGCAGCAACUGCAGCAACGGCAGAUACUUCUAGGGCCUAACACGGGGCUGUCAGGAGGAAUCCCAGGGGCUCUACCUUCACUUCCUGGAAAGCUCUAGAUUGUUACUGCUAUAUUUGACCCGUCUUGGUGGGAGAAGUUUGAAAAUUCAAUAGUGUUUGAACUGCUGAUUAUUUGGAAUUUUUUUUUAAACUUUGGCACAUUGAUCUAUCUAAACCGGGUGGGGAGAAUUCUUUCCACAUUGUCUCAUGGAGAGACUCCCAACUUGUAACUGUGCCCUCCCUGCUCUCCUGACUUACUACUUCUGUCCUCACUCUGACACCAGAGUGCAGCAAUGCAGAGGGUUACUCCAGCUUUGGGCAUCCCACCCCUUUCACUAAAAUACUCCUGACAGCAAGAUCUCCUCACUAUCCCAUUGUGGGGAGGAACUGAUGCUAUUGGGAAGGACGUACCCCUGACCAUUAAUGACUGUUUUGUUUUGUCUUUAAGAAUGGAGAUGUCGGGGAGGGCCAUGUACACAAUACGAGAUACAAAAUGCGUUACAGCUGUAGUGUAAAAGCAGCCUCUGUGAAUCUCUGUAUGUUGGAAAGGGGGGAGGGGAGCUGACAGCAGCGUUGACCAUAGGGCUGGGCCUGUGGAGGACAGAGCAGGAUGUUCUCUGCACAUUUUGGCUAUUAGACCUGUGUGUGUGUGUCUAAAAGAGAAAGAAAAAGUCAGUGCUCACUUUUUGUAUUUAAAUAUUAAAAAUGAUUCCACCCGAAA